AUGAGGAUGAAUGCGGAUGUGGAUUUGGGGGCAUGUGUGACUUUCGUAUGUCGUGGCCCUCCUGGGGACCACAUAUUCAGACUGGAGAAAGAAGGGGAACCUCUACAUACUGUGAAGAGCAAUUCUGGGACUGCGGCAGAGGCUAGAUUCUUCAUCACCUCAGUGAACAAAGACUCUGGAGGGCAUUAUCGCUGUCUCUAUUACACAGGGGAUGUCUGGUCUGAGCGCAGUGAGUUGGUGGAACUGAUGGUGACAGAUGAGGAGUUACCCAGAGUCCCCACCCUUCUCAGACUCUCCUCUCGUGUUUGCUUGUCCCCAGGCCCUAGGUCCUGUCCCCAGCUCUAUCAGGGUUACAGAAAUACCCCUGCUUUCUUUCCUGACCUAGUCUCUUACGCCUCCUGGUUCUCUCUCUCCUCAGCACACAUUUUCAUUCUGCCUUCAGACAUCACUGGGCUCCCUGGACACCUGGAUCUCCUCUGA